UUCCGCGCUUGUCAUUGUUUCCGCUUCCACCUCAGAGAAGCCUCACGCCUCCUCAUAUCUCAUUUGAGUGUUUGUGUGUGUGUGUGUGUGUGUGUUUAUUUUGCACUAAAAUCUCUGCAGUACUUGUAGUUUGAGCAGCCAGGAGCUCGAGGAGAGUUUUUCUUUUCAUAACAAUGGGAGACAUCGAGGCUCCCAGCUCGAACCGGCCGCCCCAGGCUGUCCUGAAGUCUAUUCUUCCCAGCAAAGAGUUCGUCACAUCCAGGAAAGGAAUGCUGCUUAUUGCUGAAGUGGGUCUGUCCUUUAUAUCAUUCGUGUGCUUCGCUGGAUCCUCGGCAGCAGCAUUUGUGACCGUCCCCCUGCUGGCGUUCCUGGCUUCUCUCUUCUUGCUGUUUGGUUACUCCACCAAAUUCAACGAGAGGUUUAAAGGUUUCUGCUGGCCUCUAACGGAUUUCAUUAGAUGCGUGACUGCCUCCAUUGUCUUUUUCAUCAUCUCAAUAAUGGCAGUGUCCAGAUACUCAGACGGUUCCUCAAAGGCUGCUGGGAUAUUUGGGUUCAUCGCCACCAUUGUUUUUGCCGUAGAUUUUUAUUUCAUUUUUAAUGAGCUGGCCAGUUUCUUGAAACAAGGAGGGGAGUCCAACGAGGAACCGUCAAGACAGCAAGAUGAAUUUUCAGACUCUGACUCAGACUGAAACUGUGGGGAUCUUUGGCAGAAGAUGUGUGAUCAUGCAGUCUUAACCUUUGUAGUAAAAAUCAACACUGCCGAGCGGAUAUUUGCAAACACCUGCCUGGUUUUUGUGCAACAGAGUUACAGAAGGACACUGUGUAUCAAGGUCAGACUCAUUGUUGGUCAGUUUCAAGUCACCAAACACGAACAAAGAAGGUUAUAGUGCAAUUCACACAUUAGAAAAAAUACUUUUUAAACUGACGCAUCAAACACGCUAGCCUUCUGUUUUAUUGGUUGUUGCACAAAGUUUAUAAAACACAUUCUUAUCUUUUUUUAUGUUCAAAUUUACUUACAGUGUCUUCGAUCAUUUGCAAAAAAUGUAAGAGCUACUAUCACUCCAACACUUUCCUGAAGCUGUGAAACUGUUUCUGCUCAUGUUAUGGAGAAGCAGUUAACAUCAAAAUGUGCGUGCAUUAUGUCUAAAUCAGGGGAAAAUAUUCUAGCCCUGUUUACAUGUAUGCACACAAGAACACUGCAAAAGUCCUUAUUGAAUAAAUGUUUACCAGUGUAAUAAUAAUGUAAUAAUGCUGUAACAGGAAUUCAGACCAGGAGGCCUGCUUAAUUAUCGUUUUAUUAAAUUGACAGCAUUAUGUUUAUAACCCUGUUUCCUAAAAAGUUUGCACACUGUGUAAAAUGCAAAGAUAUGCAAAUCAUAUAAACCCUAUAUUUAAUUUUAAGCAUCAGACGCUGCCUUUCAGAAUUCUUCUUAUUUACUCGAAAGCAGUAGGCUCAUUUAGAGUUUGAUUACAGCAAAGCUUUUCCAAAAAAACUGUAAACUGUAACUGUAUUUUUGUUUUCUAGUGCUCCAAAUGUUUUUAAUAGAUGUCAGGUCUGGUUUACAAGCGGGCCAGUUCACCACCCAGAAUCUUUUAAUAUGGAGCCAUGCUGUUACAGUAUGUACAGAAUGUGUUUUGGCCUAGUCUCGCUUAGUAAUGCACGGCAUAACCUGACACAGCACAGCUGGAUGGAAGCAUGUGUCACUUCAAAACCUGAUUUAUCAUUCAGCAUAAAUGAUGCCUUCACAGAUGUGCAACUAUACCACUAAGGGAGCCCACAGGCCUGCCCCAGGCUCCCUUUUGACUUUAUUUUUCCAAUUGACUUGAGUCUAUAUUAAAUAAACUAUGCUCAUAGAAUUUAGAAACAUUUUUUGCCGCUUGUUUGAAUGUUUUUUUCUUACUUUGCGUGGUAAAUUUGUGGUUAUUAUAAUAACCACAAAUUUACCACGCAUGGGCUUUGGGUAGACACUAUAGUGUCUACCCAAAGCCCAUGCAUUGAUUUCCAUUAUAGAACUAAGGAUCACAAACAUUCGGUACUGGUUUCCAGCCUUGUCCAGAUUUCUCUGGAUCAGGUGAUCCCUUUCCUAACUUUACUUCUGAAAGACUCUGUUUCUCUGCGAUGCUCUUUUCAUAUAUCGUGUUUCUAAUUAACCUAAUGUGUUGAGCACCAAAUUUUUUUUCUGGAUUGCACAAAUUUACAAAAUGUUCCCAUCUGUUAUUGCCCCUGUAAUGACAGCUUUGUAACAUUUUACUGGGAUAAAACUCAAAAUUAGCUCACAUAAAAAACAAAAGUUGCUUUUACCCAUCUAAAUUAAAUAAAGCUAAUUUUGGCUUGUGCCUUAUUUAAGAGUGGUCGCCAGAGCACGUAGCAACACAAGUGUGAUUUGGUAGGUCUGUUUUUGUUUUUGUUUUGUUUUCUUGUUGCAACCCCAAAGGGUUUGUGUCUCCUCCUUUUCAGGGUUUAAAUGACCUACAAUCAAUUUCGUUCUAUUUUUAUUCACAUUUUUCACAGUGUUUAGACAUUUUAGGAAACAAAGUUAUAAAAAAUUUUGUAGCCUAUACUAUAUUACAAGAAGAGAAUGGUUGGCUGGUUACAACCUCUGUCCAGCUGUGGUAGAUUUACAAAAGCCUAUUUUACAAUCUGAGGAUAACCUUUGUUUAUCUUAUGUUUAUUUUCUCAUAUGAGUUUCUGUGAUGUGCUUGAAGACAUUAGAAAUCAUGCUACUUUGACACACUUACUAAGGUAACACACUUUGUCAACUUCCUGCUCUAUUUUUGUUUGUGUGCUAUUUCUUCAUAUGUGCAUAUGUGUGCGUGUGUGUGCAGUUCAUUAAAACCAUUUCAUGCAGUAUUACUUUGAGAAAUUCUACAUAUCUGCUAUAUAAAUCGUUGCAUGUUUUUUUUUGUACCGGUAUGUGUGAUGUAUGAUUUCUCUCCAUUCACUGCCACUACUGACAAAUUAGAUGCACUAGAAUGCCACAGUGACUGUUAAUGAAAUCUAUAUGCAGACUACACGAGUGCUACAACAGCACUGAAUUUAAAACAACAGACUGGGAAUUGGCCACCAUGGCAUUUCCCACAUUUUUCAGUUAACUGGUGCAUCGAGUACGGUAAAAAUUUUAUGGAUUUGUUACAGCUGUAGCUUCAUGUUUUAAAGUUGAGUGGAAAUAAAUGAACAAAAUGAGAAAA